AUGUACGCGGACAUCAGCAAGCCCCCAACCCCUCUUCCAUCCAUCAAGCUCGAAGUGCUAAGACCCGGUCUGUCCUUGCUGUGGCCAUUGUCUCGGCGGGGUCAUGGUCCUGGCCUCAUUAUCCUCAGCACUACCAGUGAAGACCCCGUAGCUUUCUACGAUGGAGUCCCUUCGUCGCUGGUGAAGUGGGCGGAAGAAGGCUACGCGGUCGUCCAGAUUGAGGCAGCGGCAUUUGAAGGAAAAGAAAGCGGGGUCGUGCUUAGAGAAGCUAUCGAUGCACUGCGACAAUGCGACAAGUGUGAGCUCGACGACAAAGACCAGGGCACUGCUCUCCGACAGCUCGGUCUUAUGCCUGAAUACCUACCGUUCCCGUACCCUGUACCGAAUGCGGCGGGAGGUCCCGGUACUAAGUAUGAAUACCGUGUUCCUAUGGCCGGAAUCGAAGCUGCAACCAAGAUGCGGGACAGGAAUGGGGUGCCAUCGAACGAGAUGUUUAAUUUCAAGGUCGGAGAGGUCCAGAAUGGCUCUAAGACCCGCAAGACAGAGGUUCUAAUUGAGAACGUGGAAAAUAUAACAACUGAUAGUGUUGUUUAA